GGAAAAGCCAAGGCCGGCCCUGCACAUGGGUCUCGGUUACCUCCACACGGAGCGGUUCAGAGCCGCCCUGGAGGCCGGUCGGAGCGGAGCAGCCCGCCGCCCGCCGAACACGACACCUGUCCGCCGCGUCCCCCCUCCCUCGUCGUCGGGUAUGAGGAGCAAGCCGAGCCCGCAGCUGUCCGCGGCGGCCGCGGACAUGUCGAGCUUCGAGGUGUCCCUCCAGCAGCUCAACGACCUGUUGACGGACGACGGCGGCUUCUACAGCUGGCCGACCAAACACUUUCACGAGGUCUACCCGAGGAUUUACGUCGGCAACGCGUUUGUGGCGAUGAACGUGAUGCGUCUGAAGCGCCUGGGCGUCACCCACAUCCUGAACGCGGCGGAGGGGAACUCCUUCAUGCACGUCAACACCAACGCUGAGUUUUACGCCGGCACAGGCGUCCUCUACAAAGGGAUACCAGCCAGCGACACGGACCACUUCGACAUCAGCGUUUACUUCGAGGAGGCGGCCGACUUCAUCGGGAAGGCGCUGGCGUACAAAAAUGGAAAAGGGAAAGUCUACGUCCACUGCAGGGAAGGCUACAACCGCUCUCCAACCUUGGUCAUUGCCUACCUGAUGCUUCGCCAAGACAUGGACGUCCACGCCGCCGUGGCCACCGUUCGCCGGAAGAGAGAGAUCGGACCCAACGACGGCUUCCUUCGGCAGCUGUGUCGGCUCAACCAGCGGCUGGCGGCCGAGGGAAAGUCCUCGAGCGAGUGAGGGCGCGCAGGGCGGCGGACCGGACUGCGGGACCGAGAGAGCAAACGGGUGCUUGGUUCGCACGCCGCAGGUCUGUGAGGGAAUGUCCGUGGAAGUGAGGGGAGUGGAAAAUGAUAGAUACGGUCCAGUGAUACCGCCACACUGAUCAUACAUUGUAAUUGUGUACAUCCAGGUACACACCCACUUAUAUUCUGAAUAUUACACUUUACCCUGUGUCAGGUCUAAAUGACAUUGAAUAUCCAUACUUUUCACGUGCCGUGUAGACUAGCGAUCGAAGAGAACAAUAUCCAAGUAUAAAGAGAAUGUCAAUAUGCUUUCAAGUACACCCAUUAAUGGACUUAUCGAAAAAUGUAGACGUGAUACUGUCGCAGCCUUUUCUCGUAUCCCGCUUUCUUUAGUGUCUUUUGUCUUGGUCUCACCCCUGCGGACACCGCCACAUCUCUCAGUCCCAGCACUUGCCAAUCAAGUGGACACUGUGAUUUUGUCGCUUUGAAUCCGAUUUUUGAGAUAUGUUCGAGAGAUGUUCAAAUAUUUGUAUGUCUAAAAUGCACUGUCUUUGCACUCCUGCCUCCACCUGCCUCCCAUUUCUCUUGCUUUAAAAGGAAUUCUACAUUUUUAUUCACUGCAACGUGGCUGCAUUUACGAUUAUUUAAAUUGAGCUAGCAUACUAUCGACAAGAAAACAAGGUAGAAUUAUUGGACAUUUUGACGACUGCUUUUUUUUGAGUUACCGUACAUUCAGUAAAAAGACUGACGAGAUUAACAGAAGCCACCUUCAAGGAGCUCUGAAGCUUUUGAUUUUGUCAGUUUAAUCUGCACACAUAUGGAAAUGUACUGGACUGUUUAUUUAUGUUCACAGUAAUUUCUAACCCCUGAAAAACCACAAAUUGUUGUGUGGAUGACACAAAGUAGACGUAGGUAACGUAUUAGUCAGCUUUACCUUGGUUGGUUACCUUUGGAGAGAGCCUGUUUCCAGUCUUUAUGCUAAGCUACGCUAACAGGCUGCUGGUUGUAGCUCCAUAUUCAGCAGUUACAGUAUUGGGAGUGGCAUCAAUCUUCUCUCUGGAAGAAAAAUGAAUGAGCCACUUGCCAAAUGGUCCAAUGAGCGGAAGCAAAAGUCCCAGAUUCGCCUGCUAUAUCUGCCAGCAACUUAAACGUCUGGGAUAAAUUCUCACUCGACACUUUUUUGCACAUUGGUGUGUUUUUGUCCCGAGCGCAUGUAGUUUUAUAUUGUACAGCAGCAUGCUUUGUAUGACAGUAUGUGAGCCAAAGUGUUGCUUAUAUUCCUCUGUUAGCACACACGUGUGUUGACAGUAUGUGUGUUCAUCGUGUGCAUUACUGAUUACAUUACAUCCUACGCGUUGCCGCGUAGGAUGGGGUCAGCUGUAGGUCAUGAGAGGAGGCCCUCACUGAGCCUUAGACUGUGACACUGCUUUCAAAAAAGUGCACUUUAUCUAACGACACUGCCGAUUGUUGUUCCUGUCUUUUCAUACAUUCAGUAAUAAACUGUGAAGACGA